AUGGAUAUGUUCAAGGGAACCAAGGAAAAAGAAGAGAAAGGAACUUUAACCGAUGAGCAAGUCAACCACGCGGCCACUGCAUAUCUCCUAUGUGUAUUGGGAUGUGUCAUUUUCCCCAAUACCAGUGGCAAUCGGGUAGACGCCAACCUUUUACAACUUCUGGAUCCUCUCGACAAAGUGCAUGAGUACUCUUGGGGCACGGAAUGCCAUGCGUGGUUGAUGGAAGAGUUGAGAAAGGCGUCGAGGGUUGGAAUUAGCCAAGUGGCCGGGAACGUGAGUCUGCUACAGGCAUGGAUCUACGACCACUUCCCUAUCUUGAAAUUGUCCAUUGACCCGGCGUGGAAGAAAGGCGAUCCUAGAGGAACAAAGUAUGUCUUCGAUGACAAACAUUCUAGGACGAAGGAGCAGCAGCUGAUUCGUUUGAGGGAGGUUUUGGACUCACUGACAACCCAAGACGUAUGCUUUGAUCCGUACAAGGAAGACUGA